GAGAACGCUGCUUCGGUCUCCUAGCAACCUGAAGAAGCGGCCGCAGAAUACAUACACAAAACUACACAACUGCACAAAGUAAUGAUAACCGCUGAUCGGUUCUAAAGUGACACAGAGAUUCGCAGAGCGCAGCCAUGUCCUCAAAGCAAACCAAGAAGAAAGAAUCUGGGCAUCGGAUGAGCUCUGCCAUGGGGCAAACACCUCGAGACAUGGCAUCGCUGGUUGCCAGUUCAUUGGCUGCAUCCGUUGAACUAAAGAAAGGAAAGUUUCCAAUAUGGCCAGAAUGGAAUGAAGCAGACAUCAAUUCUGAGAAAUGGGAUGUUGGAAAGGCUGUGAAAGAGAAAGAAAAGGCUGGAAAAGGCCCAGCUCUGCACUUUUUUGAUGAUCCUGAAGGAAAGAUCGAACUACCAGCCCAACUAAAAGUCCAUUGUUGGAAGCGUCCACAUGAAUUUAUAACAAACAUGUCUCCUGUGGUUGUGAAAGAUGAAAAUUCAUGCGACUUGUUUACGGCAAACGAACACCUAGCCGGGAGUGAGCUUAUGAGAUGGAUAAUAAGUGAAAUAAGCGCUGUCUGGAAAAUACAUAACGCCAAUUCCAUAAUGUCGGAUCUGUCUGUUCUUGCGUGGAAGCCUUGGGAACACAUUUAUUCUCUUUGCAAGGCUGUAAAGGGGCAUAUGCCUCUUUAUAACAGCUAUGGAAAAUAUGUUGUUAAGCUUUAUUGGAUGGGGUGCUGGCGCAAGAUUGUUGUUGAUGACACUUUACCGUUCAACGAAGACGAUAAGUUGUUACUUCCAGCCACAACCUGUGAAGCGGAAUUAUGGCCCAUGCUAUUGUCAAAAGCUAUCAUUAAACUUGCAAGUGUCGAUACCAAUGGAUUUGCAAAAAGAGAAUUGGGAGAAUUCACUGUGUUGCAUUCACUGACCGGAUGGUUACCAGAAGUUAUACCAAUUGAAAAAAGUUAUCUGAAUCAAGUGUGGGAGCUCUUAAAAGGAAUAGUUCCAGAGUUUAAACUGCCAAGCGAGGAAAAUCAAAAAAGUCCCAUAGCACAAGAAAAAACAAAAGAAAGCAAGCAGACUGAAGCUAAAGCUGACGUACAAGUACCAGUUAUUAUUAAACCACCUGAGAAAACUAGCAAAGAAAAAUCUGAUGUAAAGGAAGCCAUCAAAAAGAAAGGGGAUAAGGAUAAAAACAGGUCAGCGCCUCAUUCCGCACGUCCCUCUUCAGAUACCUCAAACUCUCUCCAGCAGCACAUGCAGGAAUCCAGUACUGUGUCCCAGGUACGGCAGAUGGUUGUGUAUGCCAGCUACUUACCACUUCAUUUGGCUGAACAGAAGAUUUCUGUAUUAGGGCAGAUGGCAGACUCUGCAGAAAAUCUGAGAAAAUAUGGGCUUUCUCAUAUUUAUAGUCAUCCAGUCCUGGUAUCCAGAACUAGGUCAUGUCCUCUUAUUGCUCCACCAAAGCCUCCUCCUAUACCACGAUGGAAGCUUAUAAGACAGAAAAAAGAAAUAACUUUAACAGAUGAAGCCAAAGAAAUCAUACAGAAAAAACCUGAUCAGUUUGUUGAAAUCACAACCCCGUAUAUGAACUUCCAGAUUCAUCCAUUCGCCGUACCAUCUGAAGGGAGCCUUUCUAAAGCUUUCCUUAGAGGAGGCUCCCCUGCUCUCUCUAAUCUUACAUCUGUCGGUGAGACUGAAGAAAUUGAGGGAAAUGACAUGACCAAAGAAAGUCUCAAAUCAAGUGCUGGGGAUGAUGCUGGGACAAGCCCCAUCAUUCAAGAUCAAGGUAUACCUGAAUCAACAAAAAUGACAGAGGGCCCCUUAGCAAAUGCACUUGAUGGUCAGCCAACAGAUGUUUCUGCUCAGUCUACUCACCCUGCAUUAAUACAUCCGGACCGAGGAACAUCAGAAAUGAAGCCAGUCUCGAAAGAAACAUGGAUGGACUUUGCAGACUUUUGCAAAUGCUUUCAGACACUGUAUGUCUUCCACAAGUCAAAUACCUAUCCUUAUACAUUCCAGAAAUCAGAUUUCAAGGGAACAGAUGAUUGUGGAUCAUAUUUCUUACACGUGGACAAUUUAAAGCCUACAGAAAUUUUAGUUAGCUUUUCGGCACUGGUACGCUGGGGAGAUUCUCCUUUCACGUUCAAGGAAGAAGCAAGUUUACAGAAAGGAGUCCUCAUCGCUGAGGAUUUCUCUUGGAAAAGUCUACUUACUGGCCCAGUUGUGUUAAAAAUACACACUUUUGUAACCAAAGCAUCUAUAAUAAACCUACCCCCUGGGCGCCAUGUCUUACGCUUCACUGCAAGUUCACCCUUAGGGCACCAUAUCCACCUGUGUAGUACAGAGCCAUUUGUCUUUGGUGAUGAAGAAACUGUUAUGCCAUAUCUCGACAAGGAGAGUUUUCGCUUCCUGGAAAAAGCUACAGCCAUUAUUAAAGCCAUUGGGAAAGUAAUGACUAGCUUUAACUCUGAAAAGGAGCUUCCAAGAGCACUUCGAGAGUUGGAAUCGGCACAUUCUCCACAUAAAGAACGGGCGAGUCAUUUUAAGGAUUUUUACUUCAAGACGUUUAAUGUGGCUUUGUGGAGCCUUAUGUCUGAAGUGAUGGGAAACAAAGUCACACAGGACUUGAUAUUUGCAUUCAGAGCCGUCACGUUGGAUUUCACUUCUGUUUUGCCAGCAAAUCUUCAUCUCACGCCAGAGUCGGAAGGGCCUGGCUCCUGGCAAAACAGAAGCCCUAUGGGAUUAGAAGAAACUGCUGCUGUAAAACUUCAGGCUUGCUGGAAGGGGAUUUACAUAAGAAAGUGUUGCCAAGCAUCGAGAACACCAGGUACCAAAGAAAACACUCGAGUUAAAGCUACCUUGGACAAAGUAUGGGCUUUGCUUGAACCCAAUGCUCAGCAGCACGGUAUUAAAUUGUUAAGAUAUUUGUUUAAACAAAGUCCUUCGUCCCAUGAGUAUGCCUGCUAUGAAGAUGAACGCUACAGGAUUUCAUUUGCCGAUUAUAUGGUUUCUUAUUCCGAUCAUCCUUCUAACUCUUGGUUUGUGGUUUUCAGAGAAGUGUUCCACAUGCCAGAAGACAUGCUCAUAGUGCCCAAGGUAUACUCCACUCUUCCAGUCUGCGCUCUUCACGUCAUAAAUAAUGAUACACUAGAGGAAAUUCCAUGGGUCUUCAACAAAGUCGCGCCACACAUUUACACUAAGAACAAGAAGGGAUAUACAUUUAUUGCAGAAGCCUAUACCGGUGAAUUUGCUGUCCCAUCUGGAAAGUGGAGACUUCGACUAAUUGGUGACUGUAACCCUCUUCCAGCACUCUCUCGUGAAGCUGUAAACAACUCCUUUUCCAUAAGAGAAAUCAGAGAUUACUACAUUCCCAACAAAAAGGAUCUUAUUUUCAGGUACUCUGUGAAAGCAGCCACAGACCACAUUGCUACAGUGCAAGUACAGAGUUCUAAAGCUGAUGCAUUCAUUAAGAUCCAGAUCCUAGAUAAUGAUGAGGAAGUUAGAAGCGCUACUGGGAAAGGUCAAGCAGUCAUUCCAUCCUUCUGUUUUUUACCCAAUGAAAGGCCAUCAAGCUCUCAUUCGACCAAAAGCCAGGUACUGGUAAGCAGCCCAAAGAAAGGAAGACACAGUUCUGCGGGAAGUCACAAAAACAGCAAGACUUCAGCAAGACCAGGAAGCGUAUCAGAUGUUCCACCCGCAGGAGAAAAUGAAAGCAUCGAACAGAAAACACCAUCACCUCAGCCAGCACACAAAUACAUAAUACAAGCAACCGUAUUGUAUAAAAGCUGGCCACUCACAGAAGCUCAGCUGGCCUUUGUUGAAAGUCUAAAGGAAGUGGAGAAACAAGAAUCUAAAGAUAGACAUGAAGAGGUAACUUCUGAGACUCAUUAUGGAAGUGAAGGUCAAAAAUCAGCAAGUACUCUGAAGAUGUCCAAGAAGGCCAAAGACAAAACAGAGAAGCCGGAAAAAGAAAGGUCUGGUAGGGAGAAGGAGAAGGAAUGGCUUCAUUCAGCUCCAGCUUCCAGACCUGAAUCUCAGGCUCAACAGCUGAUGGAUUUAAACAAACCAUUCUGGAAUCUAAGGCUGGUCAGCAAAACUAGUGAAGCAGACACAAUAGAAGUGAAGAAAGAUACAGAACGUAUAGAUGAGAUCAGAGCCAUGAAACAAGCAUGGGAGUUGGCAGAACCAGGGAGAGCUGUUAAGGCUUUGCAGUCACGUUUGCAGUACAUCAACAAGUAUGUGCAAAAAGUGUCCAUCGAAGAUUCCACAGAAAAGACAAUUCUCAGAGAGAGCCAGGUUCUGGACGUAGCAGAAACGUCAACUUCUGCAAGAGUUUUAGAAAUCCAGUCAACAGAACCAAGCCUGCAAACAAAAAAAGACGUGGAGCCACUGGACCUGACACCUUUCCUUAGAAAAACAAGAGAAAAACCAUUAUUAAGAGAUGAGGCUGUAAUCCAACAACAAGCCUUACAAAAGGCAGAAGAAAUUCAAAGCUUUAGGCAACUAAGAGAAGACGUUUUAAAGCGAAAAGAGAUGGACCAAAAUGCACGGAAUGUGCUUAAAAAGAAGGUUCUACAAAUGUAUGAAGACUUACAGUUAUCACUAGACAAUGCCCGUGAACAAAUUCUCAGUGCUCGAGAAUCGUACAAAAAUAAGUUGCUAGAAGCUGAGAAAACAAAGCAAGAGGCAUUGGCAGCCCAAGAAACGUCUCUUCAAGUUGAACAGAAGAAAAGUCCGUCACCAAAAAGGAAAAGUGCAAAGCGUUCUGGGAAAACAAAAUAGAAACUUUAACUUUUCAAUUCUCCAAAAUGUGUUCUGUAGAUAUUGAAAGGAAAUUAUUGUUAAAAUGUUAAAAGAAUAAAGCACAAUGUUUCC